AUUCAAACUCCCGGAAGCGGCACGGGCCGGGACCGGACAGAGCCGCCGCCGGGCCGUGUCCCCGCACCGGGCCGUGUCCCGCACCGUGACUCGCGGCCCUCCGGCCCCUCUGACCCCGCAGGAUCCGGGAAGGCCCGCGCAGCCUGCGCUCGACUCCAGCUGUCCGAGGCCCCGGCCUGCCCGCUAGAAGGGAUCGCUGUUCCGUAGCGCCUGGUUUGGUUUGUACAAGUGCCUAAAGAUGAAUGCCAAGACCACUAUAGGUCGAAUUAUUGGCAAGGGGGGCCUAAAGCCGGGGAACUCCAGAGCUGACAGUGGGCUCGAGAAGGGGAAGCAGGAGAGCGCUGCCCCGCGGAAAUCCAUGGAGGAAGUGGCCACAGGCAAAGGCAAAGUGAUGGACCCGGAGAGGAGCGGGCUCCUCCAGAAAAUACUUUCCCUUGAGAAAGAAAAAGAAAAAUACAACCAUCUUCUUGGAGAGAAGGACAGAGAAAUCCAAAACCUGAAAGACAAGCUUAGGUCCAAAACCAAGAAUAGUGAAGUCUCCUUACUACAAAAUCAACUAGAGGAAAAAGUAAAGGAAGCAGAAAGGAGAGAGCGAUUACUUUGUUCUCUGUCAGAAGAAAUUAAUCGGUUAAAAUGUAAUUUAUCUGCAGUCAUGGAAAAAUGCUCUGAUCUUGAGAACAAAGCCAGUGGUUCUUCUCAGGCAUCCCAGGAAGCUGCAACAGACAGCACUGAAAUUGAAAGACAAUUGAAAGAUGCUCUUGAGAAAAACCAGCAGUGGCUACUGUAUGACCAGCAACGGGAAGCAUAUGUGAGGGGAUUGCUUGGAAGGAUCUUUGAACUUGAACAGAAGGCAGAAAUAGUUAGCCAGCAAGAAUCUAAAUCAAAUUCAGAAGGUUAUCUACAAGAGGAAAAGCAGGAAUACUAUGACCAGCUGUUACUCACUGCUAAGAGUGAUCCUAAGGCUGAAAGACGCACUAUAACCCAGCUGAGAUCUGAGCUUGAUGAACUUAAAAAGACAUACGAAGAAACACAAGGGGAAAUGAUGACUUUAAGUGCCUUAUUGCAGUCACAACGGGUUGCUGAAAUGAAGACUCAAGAAAAUGAAAAUAAAAUGAAAGAGAAAGCACAAAGACUAAAACAAGAAAAUGAAGCUAUCAAAGAACAGCUCAGAGAAGAAAAAGAAAAGUCUGAAGACCUUUUAUGUCAGGUGCAACUUCUCCGUAAAUCAUUGCUCAGACAGGAGGCAGAACACACAAGAAUAACUUUGUUGGAACAACAGAUCCAGAUAUGCACCACAGACUUAGAGAAUGGGAAGCUUGAUCGCCAGAACUUGAAGCAUGAGUUAAACCAUGUUCUCAAGGAGUUGCGCAAGGCCAAGGAGAAAAUAACUCGUCUGGAACCUCUGAAACUCCGGGAACCUGGACAUAUGGGAUCACAAGAAGAUUUGCAAGAUGUAUUUGACAAGAAGCUGACCACAUAUGACAGAAGUCCUUCCCUGAAACACUCCAGCUGCCUUGAUGAAAGUUUUCUCGAGUGUCCCAAGUGUAAAGUGUCAUAUCCAACGAGCCAGCAUAGAGAAUUACUAGCACAUAUUGACUUCUGUACAGCUUGAGCUCCAAAUGGACUUACUAUCUUUGCUUCAUAUAUGCAGCCAAUAUGCUGGGCAAAAGGCCUUUCUUUUAAAGCUUUUUUCUUUCAGUUGUAUAAAAUACUGCUGAUUUUAUAAUUGAGUUCCACAAAAAGAGUAUUAACAUUAUCAUUUGGCCUCAGUAUUUUACCUCAUGUUUUUGCAAAACAGCUACUGCAUUUUCUAGCUGCAAACAGAAAUAUUUUUAGAAUUAGGAAUAUUUUAAAUAGUAAACUACUGACUUUUUUUUUUUUUUUGCACUAUUAAAUGUAAGGAUAGUAAAAGCACAAUUACUGUGUCAGAUUAAUUUUGGCAUACCCAGUUCUUGAUUGUUGAAUCCUGAUGAUUGUGCUUUACCUUAACUGACAAGAAUAGCUGCAAAAUAUUUUUGGCCCUCAUAGGUGCAAUAUAUAUAAAUAUCUAUUUAUACAUGGUGUGUGUAUAUAUGUGUAGUGUGUAUAGUAUAUACAUACACGUCUUAUAUAUCAUAUAUAUGUGGAAUAUAUCAACAUCUUGAUACAUAAAAACUCAGGAGGGCCAUGUUAGAUCUUUGCUGCUUAAGACUGAUGUUCAAAACAUCAAUCCUAAGUAGCUGAUGUCCUGAACCACCAUCAGGGAUAACUAAAAUGCUGACCAAGGUUUAAUCUCAGAAAAACCAACUUCCUAGCAAACAUAAACUUCCUUGGUGACUAAGAACAUUUAUAUUUCAGACAAUGUCAGAGGCCAUUUUUGAAAUUUGGAUAUAGAAUUAUGCUGAAUUAAACUUGUUUUGCUUCUGUAUUUUAGAGGUUUAAGUUAGGAAAUGUCAGUUAUUCAACCCUAGAAUUGACAAAUACCUCAAAGUGCAGUUUUUAACAAAUUGCUCUAGUAGAUUUGAAGUGUCACUGUAUUUUGGUAUUAAUACAAAACAAUAUAUUAAUACCAAAGUUAAUGACAAAGUCUGGCAACAAAUUAGAAACUGGCAAAAAAAAUCCCUAAUGGAUUUGCAAUUGCAGUGUUAUUUUUCUCUAGCACCCACUGUAAACUUGAAUAUGUUCUGAGUAUUUUGUUCCUUGCAUAUGUGGUGAAGUUCCAACAAGAAGUUACUUCCAUGGAAAUUAUUAAAAUGAGGAAAUUUUACAAAGAUACACUAGUUAGGAAUAAAUUAGCUCAUUUUACAAGUUUGUGGUUUGCUGAGGACAUGCAAGGUGUAUCUUUCUCUGGCCUGCUGAUUCUGAUUGCUAGCUGGUGCCAACUUUUUCCAUCGUGCUUUGCUGCAACAUGCUUUGUGCAUUUACCCCAUAAUGUUCAUCUUAAUCCCUGAUGGUUAAAUCAUAUGGUUAAAUCUUAUUUUUAAAUAUGAAGGUGCUUUCCAAGUUAUUGAAAAUAACCAAUAGUAUUAAGUGAUGUUAUUCUCAAUUAAAUCCAGUGUUCAUAGGACAGAAAAUAUUAAAGGUAUUAUCUUUGUAUCUGA